AUGGCCGUCGAGGAACAGGCAUUGGCUAUUUUUAAACUCAUUGAUGAAUUAAUUCAAAUUCAUUUUAAAUUAGAAAUGCUCAGGUGGGAUCGUGAGGGUCUUUCUGUCACUAAUGAAAAGGAAUUCGAAGGAUUUUCCGGUACUCAUUAUGAAGUACCAUGUGAUGAUAGAACUCGUUCAGCACUGUUCUCCUCGAUCGUGGAUCAUGAAAAGCGUCUAAAACACGGCGAAAAAUGGGUUGUUCGAAACAUAUUUGGUAGAACUUUAAAGGUGUAUGUCUGGAAUGGGCCAUUCAAGAGGGCUUACAUGCGGAAGCAAAGUUUUUCCAACAUCUUGAGAGGACUUAAUUUACUUUCUGAAGAAGAAGGCGACAUAGAAUGCCAGCUGUAUCUUAUAAAUCGAUAUCUACCAGGGGGCUUCUCUUCUGAAUCACUACCACUACGGAAGAAGACCACUUUUGCACUCCAGGACAGAGCGAUUCUGCUGAAACUUCAAGAAAUUAUAUUAAGGCGAAAUGACAAAUAUUUUGUGAGAAACCUGUCAUGCCUUGAGGAGAUGAAACGGAAUUUACCAAGCACGUCGAACUGA